ACAAUAGUACAAAGGUAUACGAUGAUUUGCUCAGCAACCUGACCGAAUCAAGUAGACUACGAUUUAAAGAUGAAGCAUUAUGUUACGGAUUGCCAUAUGGAACAUUCGGAACAAUUGACUGGUUUAUAACAAUUGUGGAGAUCGCUUUAACCUACGCAAAUCUUUCCCUAUAUUCUCCUUGGAAAUGGGGUAAGAAAUGGGGUAAGAAAUACGAGAGACCAAAGCUAAAGUCGUUGCUUUUUAGCUCUAUUAAAGUAAUUGGCCCAGUUAUCUAUUCAAUUGUCACUUGCCAUUCAAAUUGGACAAUGGUAUUAAUUGCAAUAGGACAACUCAUUCCUUGGAGUAUUAAGAUAGCAAACGAUGGUUAUGCUAGUAAAGUUGGCGAUGAUUUAGAAAAAAAUUAUCGCACUUAUGGACUUGUGUUAACUGUUAUAUUGCAUAUGAUCGGUUGGGUAGGUCUAGGUGCGAUUCUUUUUGAUCCGUACAAGAAUGCCAUUCAAAUAGCAUUCAUGAUGAUGUUCACUACAGCAUAUUUAAUAUGCUAUCACAUGUGUUGCUGGAAAUAUAUGUGUAAAUGUUUGCAUCCAUAUCCUUGUUGUUUAAUGGUGUUAUUUUAUAUACUUGUAACCACACAUGUCUUAACUUUACACAUAUGUCUCGCUAAACUUAAUAAUAAUAUGAAUGGAGUUCCUCCAAAGAUUCCCAAAUUAAUUAAAUUAGGUAGGGCAAAACGUGAAAUUGUAGCUAAAAUUAAAUAUUGGCUUAAGUUUGAAGAAUAUCCAGAAACCUCUGAGGAUAGAGUCGUGUAUGUUUAUAAUAUAGUUGGUAUAGAUACUAAGAAAGCUUUUGAGAUUUUUAAUCUUAAAAAUAUUCAAUAUGCCUAUAAAGAUGAAACGACUCAUGAAAGUAUCUAUUGUUCUUUUUUAAAAACUAAAGUUUAUAAAGAAACAAGAACAUGUUGUGGUGUUAAAAUGUGCCAAGUUGUGGUAUCUGAAUUAGUAGCGAUAAAACAUGUAUUAGUAAAUUUUAAUAAUAAUUUGUUUAAAAAAUAUUUGAAGCAAGUGAACUGUCUUUAUAUUUAA